AUGUUACGAUAUACCUUGGCAAAGCAGGCCAGAUCGAAUUUGGUCAUACUCAGAGGAACCGGAUGGAGAUCUUUUUUCUCUGGGACUUUGAGGCUUAAGUCCAAGUCGAAGAAAAAACCACAGCUUGAACUUCAAAAAGUUUUCAGAUCCCCUAGUGAACUAUUGAAAGUUAAUAACAACGAUUACGUCAAAUCUCUCACUUCUGACCUGGAAUAUUUCGAUAAUGUCCGUUUCAAGAAACCCAACCAAGUUUGGUUGGACAAGAAGUUUGGUUCGGCCAAGUUGCCGGAUGGUUUCGACUAUAUGGAUUCUUUAAAGAACAGAACAAUAGUUCGUAAACUGUUGGUCAAAGAGCAUGGAAAUAUCAGAAACAGGGUCACUUUCAACGAUCUUUACCAUACAGAGAUAGAUGUGGGAGAUGUGGUUGAUCUGUCUACAUCAUUUGGUGGUGAUGACCUGGCCGUCAUCGUGGAACUGCCUAAGAGCGCAAGUGAUCCGAGAUACACUUUACUGAACAAGUACGGAGACCUCGAAUUUUUUACCAGAAAACGGUUCAAGUGCAGAAUCCCUCGGAUAUUUCCAAAAGAAUGGUUCACGGGGGAAAUAGUCUUGAAUGAGGUGGGCCUUUUAGAAGAAAUGAAGUCCAGCAUUCAACCUAUUGGAAAAGUGAAAUAUAAAUUAGAGGACAGUCCCGAGAGAGCAAAAUUGUUUGACGGAGUCAAGGCUCGCGAGCUCGAUACCACAGAGUUAACCACAUACAUUGUUCCGUCUAUUCUGUCGGGAAUAAUCAGUACCGAAUUGACAACUCUUGCUCGAGGAUCUCGUGGUCGUCUCCCGGAUGUCAAUUUAAAGCUUGAGUUGGCUCACAAUGUUUUACAAAGUGCGAAUGGUCCUCAACUUUAUACAUUCUCAGACAUUUUACGUGCUUGUGAAAGCAUCAACCUAGACCAUUUCUUCAAGCUUUUGAAAGUCAGGGAAGAUAUACCUGUGAAAACAAAACUAUCAACCGUCCAUUCCAAGAUCUCUGAUAUUCUUAACCUGAAGGACCAAUAUAGCUGGCUUAGUAUGGGAAAGGCUAUCUUCGGAGAAUUUGACUCUAUGGCACAAGUGCCGCCGCAGUUGCUGUAUGCUUACAUUGUUGGGUUGCGCAAAAACAAUGAAACGUUCCUCCACGAUACUUUGAGCAUAUUUCCAAAGUAUGUGGUUGCUGUUCCAAUUCACAAACUCAUAGAGCACUCCAAGGUUGUUGACUUUUAUGAGGAAAGUGAGGACCAUUACUCGUCGUUGUCGAACUACAUAUCUAGACAGCUUGAGGGUGAACCUGUCCACAACAUCACAAAACCAGCCUAUUACGAUACUAUUAUGGAGAUGUAUCGCUUAUACAUAGCAGGAUCCUCAAGUGGUCCACACACGGAGUCCUUUUUGGUGAAAUGUGUGAGAAAACUGCCAACCCAUUCACAAGCUGAUAUCACCAAAGAUAUGAUCUACGAACUCUUAUUGAAUCUGAAGCAGAUCUCUCCAAGCGAGAACCCGAUCAAAUGGUGGUAUAUGUCUCCAACUUCUGGAACUGGCAUAUCUUCAAAAGCUGAUGCCGAAAACGAGUAUUUUUCGACGAUUACAGACGACACCGUCGAUUUGUUCUUUGAUUUCAAGUCUUCCGACGACAAGCGGCCACAUUACUCAGACCAUGUGUACUGUAUUGAUUCGCCUGAUGCGCAAGAGAUCGAUGAUGGUGUCAGUGUCAAGAAGCUGGACGAUGAUCGGUAUCUUGUUGGUGUGUUUGUGGCUGAUCCAUCGUCGUACAUGGAACCGACAAGUGUUGUUUCGGAGAUUGCUUACGAUCGGGGCUCCACUUUGUACCUGCCGGAUGUUGGCUCAUCGAACACUGGAGUGGCCAUGCUUCCUGAAGCAUUCACCAAACGGAUCCAGCUUGGAGAAUUUGGUGCUUCGAAACGAGUUUUCAAAGUGAGCUUCGAAGUCAACGUCAAGACUGGAAGCACAUCACUAGCUGAAAACGGGAUCGAGUUUGGUACUGCUGAUAAGUUCAUUAGCGUUGAUUACGACUCUGUUCACAAGGUGUUGGAUAAGUCUGCCGACUCGAGUGAGGUUAUCGCUGGCAUCUCCUCGAAGACCGGAGUGCAACCAGACAUUAUUUCUUCUGAGCUAGAAAUGUUGUACAAAGUUUCGAGCACUUUGAAGCAACAGGCGGAAAAGGCAGGCAGAGGAACUUAUAAUAACGUCACUAACGAGCGCAGAAUCAGCAAGAUUACGGAAGACGAGGAGCAGAAUAUCAUCAUCGACUUCAAGGACGUCCAAAGAAACCAGCAGCUCAAGUCUGAGGUUCUGGUCUCGGAGCUUAUGGUGAACAGCAACAAGCUUGUUGGUGAGUUUUUCAGCAAAAACAAUAUUCCUGCACUGUUCAAGAUCCAGAACCCUCUUCCAAUAACCAGCGAAGUGAGAAGAGAACUGGACGUCUUGAAGCAGAACCCACAGACUACAGUGAGAGAUUUCCUGACGCUCCGGGAAUUCUCAAGCAAAUCUUACGUUUCUCCGGUUCCCGGACUGCACAGCUCGCUUGGUGUUAGUUCGUAUGCCACGGUGACGUCUCCACUGAGACGUUUUUCUGACUUUGUGAACCAUUGGCAACUGAGCUCAUUUUUGAGCAAAGGCGAGCCGAUAUUUGGGCCUCGGCACAUUAGCGCGAUUGCUUCUCAUUUGAUGAUGCGCAACGAGAUUGACAGACGGGUCUCGUCCAAGGUGAUGACUUUCUACAUCUUCAAGUACCUCAAGUACCUACAAACACGGUCUGGUACUGCUCCUCUUGUGAAAUGCAUUGUUUGCAAGAAAGCGUCCGAGGAUGGACUUUUGGACGUUCUGCUGCCAGAAUAUGGAGUCUAUGGAACUCUGGAGACUGCGCCAACGGAAGAGAGCCAGAAACGUCUUAGUAGGAUCGAGGUGGGAGACGUUGUUCAGGACGCGGUGAUUGUGGACAUCGACCUUGCCGACGGACUUGUUUUGCUGAAUAGUCAAAGUCUGUGA